AUGGAUUGCGUGACUGGAAAAUGUUACAUGCAGAUAGAGAGUAUCGCUUAUUGGAAUGCCACUCGGGCCUUCAUGAUCUUGUCCACCUUGUCUUGCUUUGCUGGCAUUAUCGCCGGGAUCUUGUCUUUCGCCCACUUCUCCACUUUCCAGAGAUUUAACAGAUCCUUUGCUGCAGGCAUCAUGUUCUUCAUUUCCACCCUCUUUGUUCUCCUGGCCAUGGCUAUCUAUACCGGGGUAACCGUUAAUUUCUUGGGCAAGCGGUUUGGUGACUGGCGCUUUUCCUGGUCCUACAUCCUGGGCUGGGUGGCUCUGCUUAUGACCUUCUUUGCAGGGAUAUUUUACAUGUGUGCCUAUCGCAUGCACGAGUGUCGGAGAGUGACUGGCCCUCGUUAA